AUGCCUUCAAUAUUAGACACUGGUAUUGCAGGCAUUGAACCGCGAUCGGGAUUUGAAAUGGCGGUGGCUCGCGAUACGCUGGUGGCGGGCGAAAGGUCACGCAGUCAAGGACAUGAGGAGGAGGAGGAGGAGACGGUCUGGCAGUCUCCCCAAGAAGGAGACUGGAUAUUCACAACGGAGCGAGCACUUAGACGACGACCAUCCAAUACUUGGAUACCAGAACCGAUCCUACUUCCCCAAUUUAUCGUUAAAAUGCCUGGCGAAGCGUCGACCGAGGUGCCGCUUCACUAUGGUGGGAAGACAGAUGGAGAUCCCGCUCCUCCUAGUUCGCCUAUCCGAGCGUAUCACCAACCUCGAAUGGGAUCCUCUCCAGAGAUAGCUGCUCACGAGCCUUCCGGAUCAGAAGAUAUCAGAGGCGUUCUCAGACGUAGAGCAAGCAACCAAGCCCCUCCCCGUCGAUACUCGGGGGGAGAAUACGACGGUGCUCCUCCCAGCAUCUCCCAAGAUGGCGGUGCUAGACGACCCUUGAGAUCGAGAGACGAUGUGUUCCACCGCGAAGACGAGCGUGGCUUCUCGAGACGGGACGACUACCAUCAAGAUACGAUUGAGCGAUCCCGACCACCACGCACUUACCGUCAUUUCGACGCAUAUGAUAAGCCCCCUGGCUCGGCUUCAAAGCCCUACUUCGAGGACUUGGACCGUGAUGUCGAGCCUAACACUGGCUGGAGGGGGCACAGGAAGAGAGUUGGUGACGAGGAGAGUAUCGACGGGUAUAACUACGACGCCCACAGGAACCCGCGGACGGCUCUUAACUUCAAGACUCUGAGUCCGGAGGAGAAGGCCGAGGUGAUGCGGCUGCCAUGGACGCAGUGGAUGAACAGUGAAUUCAAGAAUCACUUUGUGGCAACGAUUGGCGAGUUCGUCGGCACGACCAUGUUCCUCUUCUUCGCCUUCGCCGGCACCCAGGUCGCCAACAUCCGGUCCGACUCGGCCGACAGCACCACGUCCGGCGGCGCCACGGGCUUCAACGUCGCCGUCUACCUCUACAUCUCCGUCAUCUUCGGCUUCUCGCUCAUGGUCAACGUGUGGAUCUUCUUCCGCAUCUCCGGCGGCCUGUUCAACCCGGCCGUCACGCUCGGCAUGGUCAUGGUCGGCGCCAUCCCGCCCAUCCGCGCCAUCUGCCUCUUCUUCGCGCAGAUCGGCGGCGGCAUCGCCGCCUCGGGCAUGGUCACCGGCCUCUUCCCCACCAAGCUGAACGUCCGCACGACGCUGGCGGGCGGCGCCAGCACCGCGCAGGGCGUCUUCAUCGAGGCCAUCCUGACGGCCGAGUUGGUCUUUACCAUCUUCAUGCUGGCCAAGGAAAAGCACAAGGCGACCUUCAUCGCACCCGUCGGCAUCGGGCUCGCUCUGUUCAUUGCCGAGAUGGUCGGUGUGUACUACACUGGCGGCUCCCUCAACCCGGCACGCAGCUUCGGGCCGUGUGUCGUGACGGGCGUCUUUGACAAGGAGCAUUGGAUCUACUGGGUUGGACCGAUGAUUGGCACGUUCAUCGCCGUCUUCUUCUACAAGUUCAUCAAGAUGCUCGAGUAUGAGAUGGCCAAUCCUGGACAGGAUGGCGAUGAUGAGAAUGACCCUACUCAGAAUGACGAGAAGAAGGCGGAGAUCAUGCAGAGAAGAGAGGCGAAGUAUGCAAGCUCUCGUUAG